AUGGGUGCAACCCAGUCCCAACCUGACGCCAACAACGUCGACACAACUCGUGAGAUCAAGACCGAACAACAACUGUCGGGGUCCUCUUCUUGUACGCCAGCUCCAUAUCGACGCCUUCGACCAGUCGAGAGCAGAGAGGCAGUGCAAGCACAAGCCGCUGCAGUUCAAGGGUGGCGGUUGAGCGACUCCAGUGACGAUCUUUACGAGUCGGCCCCUAUUCAAGAGCCUAGAACCUCAGAAGGCAACACAUCCGUCGCGAAACGAGCCCCUUCUCCAGAUGUCCCAUCCUCAAACAAGAAGCAACGUUUAGUCCCAACCGACCAGGCCCUGCAGAUUGCUUUAGAGUGCCUGAGCACUGAGGCAGCAGUUGAGAAGGAAGAGAACAACACAGCGGAAAACACUACACUUGACCACCUUGCGACAACUGAUUCCAAGCCAAAAAGCUGCAGCUUGUUCCUCAACAGUGAAGGCUCACCAAGUGGUUCAGAGGACGAAGGUUACUCAUCCUUCUCCUUGACACCUCCGGGUGACAACGGUGACCUUAGUGAAGAUCAGAAGGAGGAACACCUGGUGAAGACCUUGGCCGCACUACAGCGACCCAACAUUGUUCUUGCGAAACCUGCCGUAUCGGGCGAGGAAUCUGGCCACACUGCGGAUAUGUUCGGCAAGGGCGAUCAUCUUCAAAAUGCCAGGGAGUACAUGCUACAAGACCAGGAAGAAACAAUGGCAAGAAGCACAAUGUUGCGGGAGCGCAAGUCGUCAAGAAACCUGGUGGCCCCAGACAGUCCCACCUUGGUGACAUUGGAUCGGCAGCGGCAAUUUAGUGAUCCGCCACAAUUGAGGUCACCAAGCCUAGACAGCGACGAGAUUUCGGAUCUCUUUGUUCCUCAAACCCCAACACGCAAGACAAAGGUGUCCACGGGUAUUACAACACGCCAGACCGUACAACGCUCCCAGGCACCCAAACACGAACCAAGAGCUGGUCUGAGCUACGCUACUCACAAAGAUCAGGCUGAUGGACAUUCCAGUGAUUAUGGAUACAAUAGAUCAAAGCAGCAUGGGGAGGAUGCCACCACCCUCGACAACUCUCUACCCUCUGGCAAGGCGCAAUAUCGGACUCGAGGCCAACCAAUCCGCAGCCGCUCACGAUCGCCAGUCAAUGGUAAUGUCUUUUCUCGGAACGGUUAUGAGAUUAGAUCCAGUCAACAUACUCAAGUCAAUCGGCUCGCAACAAACAGCACGGUUUCCGGAAAGCUCGACAUUGAGCGCACUCGGAAUGAGCGCAAGUCUAGACUGCCACCAGGGGCAUCUCCAAUUUCGAUAAACUGGUCUUCCGGCGCAAAACAAAAGGAGACAAUCUCUCGUGACGGUCCACGUGUCCACUUUGCUCCAGCUCCUCGACCAUCGGGACCUAAGAUGCUAUCGAUGAAAGGUUCACACGAUGCCAACAUCAACAAAGACACCGCAGUUGGAGUAUCGUGGCCUGGAUUAUCACGGCCAUAUGACGACAUAAAAGACCUCAGUGAUGAACAAGACGCAGCAAGAGACAAUCAACCGGCAGCCACACUGUACCGGCCACAGUCCCAGGACAUAUCGGACUUUGAAAACAGAGACUCAGCCGGAGACAACCUACCAGGAAACCCACUUUCGCGACAACAGCGAAAGGAUUUUGUUGAUCGCAUCAAUGGUUGGGACACAGCUAGAGACAGACAACCCGCAGUUACAUUGUCGCGGCCGCAGCAACAGGAUAUAAUGGACGUCGACGGUAACAGAGACAGGAUGAGAGAUGGUGGUGGGGACCGAACCACUAUCCUUCCACCCUUUUCAUCGCGGCGCCGUGGGCCUCCACCUAUGGAUAUGGCAACAGCCUUAGCCGACCCCAAAAAGGGACUGACUCUUCCGCCCAAGUUUGACACCUACGAAGAAGACGAGAAGAAGGCCAUUGUGGAACACGAAAUUGCAAAGGAGAGAAAGCGAGACCUGGAGAUGAUCGAGCGGCUCACUCAGAGUAUAGCACAAGUACGGUGUCUUGGUCCCUUUACCGAAAGUCACGAGGAAGAGCUCGCCGAAGCUCAUCGGUUCAUAUCGUUCAUCCUCGACGAAGAAAAGUGCGGCAAAGUGAUUCGACCUCGCAUCCAGAACAUCCGGGACAAUAUGAAGAGAAGAACAUUGGGAUAUUUCGAGCCCAGCAGUGCCGAUGUUGCCACAUGGAUAGACCGAAUAUUCACUCAGGCCACAAUGGACGCCGUUCAGAGAGAGCUUGCUAGGAUCAACGAAUUGGUCGAGGAGCUCGGAAAGACCCGCGCCGCAUUCUCGGCCAAGAGACACAACUCGAGAACGAAGCAUGGUAAACGGAAAAUGCGUGCAUGUGGCAAGCUGGCUGGGUUUACGUCACAACCAUCAGCAGCAGGGGCGACAGGGACAGCUACUUCACCGUUAGCCGCUCCUGCGGCACCGCCGAACAAAGCAAACACACAGCAUAUUCCCAAGAAAAGCACAGCACUACCCACUCAAAACAGACGGCAGGCUCAAAAUGCGUCUGAAGACCAGCGAAAAGACACAAUCAAUGCCAAACUGAAGCUUUUCAAUGAUGCCACACGCAAGGCUGAAGACGCACGCGAAGCUGAUAAGGCACGCAUAGAUUAUGGCGUACGCAAAGCUGGUGCCGGAGACAAGUAUGAUGAGGCCUGCGAGGAAAAUGAGGCAUUUGAAGAAGAUGCACAUACAAGCAGCAUCGACUUACCCAGCACUGAAGUUAUUGUCGCAGAGAGAGGCCGUGCAAGUUUGUCCCAGUCUCAUGAACAGCAGCACAACCAGUGGCAUGAGCAGAGUGACGAGGAAAGCGAGGAAGAUGCGGGCGAGCAGUAUGUGUUUGGUGCUUCCUGGACCGGCCAAGCAGAAGGCACAGCAACGGCAACGGACUUUACAGCUCCACCAAGUUUUCCAGAUAUGUGUCAGCAGUCUCAGCCUGAGCCCCGAUACAACGAUGCAGCGAUUUCUCAAGAUUUGGACGAAAUCAACCGGCUGGAGGAUGCGAGGCAAACGGAAAGUGAAAGCCAUGCAUUGAACGUCCAACAGCAAUCUACUGGGUCAACGCAGCGGUUCGACGCAGAGCUCUUGAAGCGCAUGCAAAUGGAAAGUAAAACGCCUGCCUUGAAAGCUCAACAACAAUCUACUCCAUCAGCGCAACAAUUCGACCCAGAGCUCUUGAAGCGCAUGCAGAACAAACAAAUGGCGGCCGCACAGCCAUCGACCACGCAGCGUGAAGAUUUGACAGAAGACGUUCACGAGGGCAUUGCAGAACCAGAAGUGGAAGUUGAACCAAGCGCCAUCAGCGACGACAGUGAUCUCGACUCAUCCGAAGAUGAGAACGAUGAACAGGAUGACGACGAUGGAUACUCACGUCAGAUCUUCAAAUACCGCGUGCUGGGCGCGUUCGCCGGGGUCGAGAUCUACAAGGAUGCCGACACAUACAUCUUCAAGACAACAUACAAGCCUGAACGUGCGAAGGAGAUUGUCGCUAGCAUUAUCCAGAGUGUGCUCGCACAACACCCUCCUGAAGGUGGCGUUGAUGCAGGUUACUGGACACUGGAAGUCUCCUACCGUGACGGCCUGAUCGAACAGCAUCUCAUGGUCGGAGAGAAUAUGGGGGUUGAAGCCAGGGUGUGGGUAGAGAAGAAGCUGGUCACUCUGAGCCGAAAGGCGUACCAGGCCGCCAAAGCACAGAGAAUUAUGCAGCAAAGAUUCUUGUUCGCCGUGGAAUGGGAGAAGACAAUAACACCCUUGAGUGUGCCACAAGACAAGGAGGCUGAGCAGAACAACAACAGCAGCAAUCCCAACAAUAAUGGUGGUGAUAAUGGCAUGUCGCGGGCAGAAUCACAGGACCACAAGCAGCAGCAGGGCCGGCAGAAUCAAGACGACAUUGGUCUCUUUGGUGAAGAUUCUCCAACAAUGCAUGUGGCCGUCGAUGUCUCUGUCACCACUGGUACCGCUGCCGAAGCAUCUAGCACGACUGUGUCCACGCCCGCACCUGUGCCAGUCGUCACAACUAUUCCGACCAACGAAAUCCAAUACUUCACCACGCCCAUCCUGGCCAAUCGUCACGCCAAAGACAUCUACAUGUCAUGGCACGCGCUGUUUCUCCCAGGCGUGCGCAACGAGGGUUAUCGCCGUCUCGAAGAAGAGGCCAUUGAAAGGGACUUGGCAACAUUGGCAGAAACAUCUUGGGGUCUGUGGGCCCGGGACGAGACGUUUGAGGGCAUCGAGGUCGACACGGGCAGAAGGGUGCAGGAGCGGUUCAAGGUGUGGGUGAGACGAAUCGAAGUUUUUGGCCCAGCGAACUAA